AUGGCUGUAGCAAAUUGUGUCGGUGUGACAGCCCGUUGCUUUUCGGAUGCACAGAAACUAGAAAAACAAUUCUCGGCACACUCACCCAAAAGUGAUACUGCUACUACAGAUAAUGAUGAGGUUGAUGAUGGAGAGGAGGAGGAAUAUGAUAAUGAGGUUGAGGAUGAGAUAGCGGAUGAGGAGAAAGUGGAAGGACGUGCUGCUGAAUACACGGAGGGUUUGAUGCCAGCUAACGCCAUGGUUAAACAUACAGGAGAAGUGUUUUGGCCCAUACCAACCAAGCUUCAAAGUUCCUGCAAAGUGGACGUCACUUAUUUCCCGUUUGACGAGCAGAUGUGUAAACUGAAAUUCGGUUCAUGGACAUAUGAUGGGUUUCAAGUGGAUGUAACAAACCAGACCAGUGAAGUGGACCUUUCUAAUUAUGUGGUCAACGGCGAGUGGGAGCUCCUGUCCAUCAAAAUCAUCCGCAACGUAGUCACGUACAGCUGCUGCCCGGAACCCUUUCCCGAUGUGACCUUCUUUGUCCACAUUCGACGUCGGAUCUUAUACUACAUGUACAACGUAGUGUUUCCUUGUAUCAUGAUGUCUGCAUUAACGCUGUUAGUCUUCUGUCUACCUCCAGAUUCUGGUGAGAAGAUCGCCCUAGGAAUCACAGUUCUGCUCGCUUUCUCUGUCUUCAUGCUUGCAGUUGCAGAGAAUCUUCCAGAAACCUCAGAAUUUGUCCCACUUAUAAGUAUAUACCUGACAAUUGUAAUGUCCUUGACCUCAGUGUCUGUCAUUAUGACAGUUCUAGUGUUAAACCUUCACCAUCGUGGGCCAAGUAAACAUGGUGUUCCCAUCUGGAUACGAAAGGUUUUCCUCGAAAAGCUCUCACACUUUUUCUGUGUCAGCAGUGAACCGUCCUACAGCCACUGCUAUUCCGAUGAUGGUCAUUUCAUUCGGAAUGUCUCCCUGAAACUCACCCUUGAAAAUAUUGCUCAAGAACUUCAGAGUGAAAUCCAGUUAGACAGCAAGAUCACCGACACAGUUACAGUAGUGGAGUGUCACGGCACGCGGAUUGCCGAAAGAUCGGAAUGCUUGCACAAUGUACACCAGAACGAAAACAAUUUAAAACACUCAGAGCGGACCUCCUGGUCUCACGCGCGCACCAACGAAGAAAUAUUGAAAGCCCUGCGAAGAAUCAUCGACAAACACGAAAGAGAAGAUAGAGAUUACGAAAUGAUGCAGGAAUGGAGACGAGUAGCCCAAGUUGUAGACAGAAUACUCUUCUGGAUUUUUCUAAUCGGGACUUCUGUCUCGACUUUAGCGGUCCUUGUAAUAUCACCAUUAACGCGGUUCAAACUAACACAUUUCUGAGAUAGAGAGAGUUGGAGGAGGAAGCAACAGGAAGCAGUUGGUCUAAGCGAUAAACAUAAAAUACCAAUAGAGAGAGAGUUAGGGACGAAGCAACAGGAAGCUGUAGGGGUAAGGAAUAGACAAAAAACAUCAAUAGAGUUGCUGUCAGACAUAUUGAUUUGAGAAGAAAUAAGUGGUAGCAGGUAAAAAUAUCGAAAAUAUUUUUAGUUUUCGAAAGAACUUUAGUUGUAUCUUCCUUUCUGUUUGUUUCUUCAUUUGUUUAUUUUUAAUUCCCAGACCUACAAAAUAAAUUAUUUUACGAAAAGAAACAAAACUUCAAUAUGUAUCUAUGAAUAUAAAAUGUGUAUCUAAUCUCAAUACAUUUCAAGAGAAUACAGAAAAUAUGGAUAACAGAUAAUAGUUUAGACAGGAAAACACAUUUCAAAAAUUCUUGUAAUUUUGUCAGAAUUUUAAGAUAUAGAUUGUGACAAAAUAGAUUAAGAAUUCCAGGAUGUAUUGCAAAUUUUGAAAACAUUCUUCUAAUAAGUAAUAAUACUCUUGUAUAUCCUUAUUUAGUAAAUGCAAGCUUGUAAACAUAUAUGAAAAUAGUUGCAUAACUAUGAGCGAUAUUUGAAUAGGCGUUUCUAAUAAGUUAUCUUAAAACUAUUGUGAAAGUAAAAGUUUUUAAAAUGAUAAAAUACUAUUAUCAUUAAAUUAUUAAAGUAAGGAGUAUAAUCGUAAUAUUUCAAAAUCGAAAACAAAAUACUAAUAUUUCUUGUUUCGCAACGAUUGCAGGUUGACUAAAAUAGUGCUAGUAGCCAUCUUGAAAUUAAAAUAUUUAAACGUUAGUUUGUUGUUAUGCGAUAUAUGGAUGUUUUACACACAUCUACAUGCUAGAUAAUAUAUAAAGCGAUUAUAGAACUCUUUUUUUUUAUUUAACCUGUAGUAAAUGUGGAAAGAGUUAAAAGCAAUCUAGCCGUUCAUGAUUCGAUACCUAGUUCCACAGUUGUCUUGAUACGAAAAUAACUUCACUGAAAUUAUAUGGUAUAUAUAUAUAUAU